GCUGAGCGCGGAUUCGCACGGUGAUUGGUGCUGGCGGAAGGGGGCCGGGGGUCGGGGGCCGGCGCUGCCUUUUCGCUUGCAGCGUCGUUUCGCUUUCCAGCGCAGUCUGCGGAGGGGCUUGGGUGCACCGGGGGACCGCGCCUGGCCUUCCCCAGACCCAACAGAGGCGACCCGGCGCGCCCGGAGAGGCUGCAACGCCGCGUCCCCGCCUAGCCCUUCCGGAUCCUGCGCGCAGAGAAGUAUCAUUUGCUGUAUGCCAUCCUCGAGAGCUGUCUAGGUUAACGCUCGCACUCUGUGCAUGCACCCUCAACAGUCUUGGCACCUAACGUGCUGUACAUAGCUGAUCUUUUGGUUGAAUCCCCAGGCCCUUGUUGGGGCACAAGGUGGCAGGAUGUCUCAGUGGUAUGAACUUCAGCAGCUUGACUCAAAAUUCCUGGAGCAGGUUCACCAGCUUUAUGAUGACAGCUUUCCCAUGGAAAUCCGACAAUACUUGGCACAGUGGUUAGAAAAGCAAGACUGGGAGCAUGCUGCCAAUGAUGUUUCAUUUGCCACCAUUUGUUUUCAUGACCUCCUGUCGCAGCUGGAUGACCAAUAUAGUCGCUUUUCUUUGGAGAAUAACUUUUUGUUACAGCAUAACAUAAGGAAAAGCAAGCGUAAUCUUCAGGAUAAUUUUCAGGAAGACCCGAUCCAGAUGUCUAUGAUCAUUUAUAACUGUCUGAAGGAGGAAAGGAAAAUUUUGGAAAACGCCCAGAGAUUUAAUCAGGCUCAGUUGGGGAGUAUUCAGACCACAGUGAUGUUAGACAAACAGAAAGAGCUUGACAGCAAAGUCAGAAACGUGAAGGACAAGGUUAUGUGUAUAGAGCAUGAAAUCAAGAACCUGGAAGAUUUACAAGAUGAAUAUGACUUUAAAUGCAAAACCUUGCAGAACAGAGAACACGAGACCAAUGGUGUGGCAAAGAGUGAUCAGAAACAAGAACAGCUGUUACUCAAGAAGAUGUAUUUAAUGCUUGACAAUAAAAGAAAGGAAGUAGUUCACAAAAUAAUAGAGUUGUUGAAUGUCACUGAACUUACCCAGAACGCCCUGAUUAACGAAGAACUAGUGGAGUGGAAGCAGAGACAGCAGAGUGCCUGUAUUGGGGGGCCACCCAAUGCUUGCCUGGAUCAACUGCAGAACUGGUUCACCAUAGUUGCGGAGAGUCUGCAGCAAGUUCGGCAGCAGCUUAAAAAGCUGGAGGAAUUGGAACAGAAAUACACCUAUGAACACGACCCUAUCACAAAAAACAAACAAGUGUUAUGGGACCGCACCUUCAGUCUUUUCCAGCAACUCAUUCAGAGCUCGUUUGUGGUGGAAAGACAGCCCUGCAUGCCUACGCACCCUCAGAGGCCGCUGGUCUUGAAGACUGGGGUCCAGUUCACUGUGAAGUUGAGACUGUUGGUGAAAUUGCAAGAGCUGAAUUAUAAUUUGAAAGUCAAAGUCUUAUUUGAUAAAGAUGUGAAUGAGAGAAAUACAGUAAAAGGAUUUAGGAAGUUCAACAUUUUGGGCACACAUACAAAAGUGAUGAACAUGGAGGAGUCCACGAACGGCAGUCUGGCGGCUGAAUUUCGGCACCUGCAAUUGAAAGAACAGAAAAAUGCCGGCACUAGAACGAAUGAGGGUCCUCUCAUCGUUACUGAAGAGCUUCACUCCCUUAGUUUUGAAACCCAGUUGUGCCAGCCUGGUUUGGUGAUUGAUCUCGAGACGACCUCUCUGCCUGUUGUGGUGAUCUCCAACGUCAGCCAGCUCCCGAGUGGUUGGGCCUCCAUCCUUUGGUACAACAUGCUGGUGGCAGAACCCAGGAAUCUGUCCUUCUUCCUGAAUCCACCAUGUGCACGAUGGGCUCAGCUUUCAGAGGUGCUGAGUUGGCAGUUUUCUUCUGUCACCAAAAGAGGUCUCAAUGUGGACCAGCUGAACAUGUUGGGAGAGAAGCUUCUUGGUCCUAACGCCAGCCCCGAUGGUCUCAUUCCAUGGACGAGGUUUUGUAAGGAGAAUAUAAAUGAUAAAAAUUUUCCCUUCUGGCUUUGGAUUGAAAGCAUCCUAGAACUCAUUAAAAAACACCUGCUCCCUCUCUGGAAUGAUGGGUGCAUCAUGGGCUUCAUCAGCAAGGAACGAGAGCGCGCCCUGUUGAAGGACCAGCAGCCGGGGACCUUCCUGCUGCGGUUCAGUGAGAGCUCCCGGGAAGGGGCAAUCACAUUCACAUGGGUGGAGCGGUCCCAGAAUGGAGGCGAACCUUACUUCCAUGCAGUUGAACCCUACACAAAGAAAGAACUUUCUGCUGUUACUUUCCCUGACAUCAUUCGCAAUUACAAAGUCAUGGCUGCUGAGAAUAUUCCUGAGAAUCCCCUGAAGUAUCUGUAUCCAAAUAUUGACAAAGACCAUGCCUUUGGAAAGUAUUACUCCAGGCCAAAGGAAGCACCAGAGCCAAUGGAACUUGAUGGCCCUAAAGGAACAGGAUAUAUCAAGACUGAAUUGAUUUCUGUGUCUGAAGUUCACCCUUCUAGACUUCAGUCCACAGACAACCUGCUCCCUAUGUCUCCUGAGGAGUUUGACGAGGUGUCUCGGAUAGUGGGCUCCGUAGAAUUCGACAGUAUGAUGAACGCAGUAUAGAACAUGAAUUUUUUUCGUCUUCUCUGGCGACAGUUUUCCUUCUCAUCUGUGAUUCCCUCCUGCUACUCUGUUCCUUCCCAUCCUGUGUUUCUAGGGAAAUGAAAGAAAGGCCAACAAAUUUGCUGCAACCUGUUGAUAGCAAGUGAAUUUUUCUCUAACUCAGAAACAUCAGUUACUCUGAAGGGCAUCAUGCAUCUUACUGAAGGUAAAAUUGAAAGGCAUUUUCUGAAGAGUAGGCCUCACAAAUGAAAAACAUCCAGAUACAUCCAAAGUAUCGGACUAGAAUGAGGGUCCUUUGGGAAAGGAGAAGUUUAGCAACAUCUAGCAAAUGCUGUGCAUAAAGUUAGUGCCCAACUGUUAUAGGUUGUUGGAUAAGUCAAUGGUUAUUUAGAAAACUGCUUGAUAUAGAAAUGGUAAAUUUCUAUUGGAGAAUUCUUAGGUGUUCUCUCUGCUUUAAGUAUGGCUGGCAGUUUUCCUUUGCUUUACCUGUGAAAUAGUUCAAAGCCAAGUUUAUAUACAAUGAUAUCAGUCCUCUUUCAAAGGUACCCAUAGUGCAUCUGGUGGGGGAAAGGUGUAUUUUACUACAUGUUUCACAUUGGCCAUUUAAAGACAAAGAUGAAUUCAAAUUCUGUCUCUUGAGAGAAUAUUAGCUUUACUGUUUGUCAUGGCUUAAGGAUACUGGCUAAUAUCAAUAGAAGGAUGUACAUUUUCCAAAUUCACAAGUAGUGUUCUGUGUUUAAUAUCCAAAGCUGAAAACAUUCUGCUUUCAUCUUGGUCACAUACAGUUAUUUUUACAGUUCUACCAAAGGGGUUAGGCUGUGCACAGCCAUUCAUUCCAGGCAAGUCAUCUUAUUUUUUUUUCCAAGUUGAAAUUAAUCAUAGAUGAACAUAAACUCAGAAAUUGAAUUCAUGUUUCUUAAAUGGGCUACUUUGUCUUUUUGUUAUCAGGUGAUAUUUAGUCUAUUAGCCACAAAAUUGGGAAAGGAGUAGAAAAAGUAGUAACUGACAACUUGAAUCAUUAACCAGAGAUAAUAUGAGAAUCAGGUCAUUUCAAAAUUCAUUUCCUAUGUAACUGCAUUGAGAACUUAAUAUGUUUCGUUGAUAUACGUGUUUUUCUGACAAUUACAUUUACGAAUGGUUCCAUUCUCUCUCCUGUGCGUUUUCUAGACACUUUUUUGAAUGGAUGAUGUUUCAUGAAGUAUACUGUAUUUUUGUACUUUUUUCCUUCCUUAGCACUGACACAAAAGUAGAUGAGGAGAUGGGUUUGACAAGGUUCUUCCCUUUCACAUACUGCUGUCUAUGUGGCUGUAUCUUGUUUUUUCCCUGUUGCUACCACAACUAUAUUAUCGUGCAAAUGCUGUAUUUUUCUUUGGUGGAGAUAAAGUUGUCUUGUGUUUUGUUUUAAAAUUAAAGCGAACUUACGUGUAUUGCAUUAAAUAUAAUAUGCACAGUGCUUUCCGUGGCACCACACACAAUUCAAGGCCUCCUCUCUCCGUUUUUAUAUAGAUGGUGAGAACCUAAGCUUCAGUUGACUUUUCCAAUUGAAAUGGCCAAAAGACAAAGAAGACAACAUUAAAAAAAAUAUUGUUU